AUGUCUAUGAACGUUCUGAAGCUACAGAGGAAAUUCCCUCAAUUCCAGCAGAAUGACCUCUUCUCGCUAGCCGACGCCUUCCGCAAGUUGGAUGUCGACGACAAGGGGUACAUUGACGAGGCCACUGCCAUCAAAGCCACCCAAGCAAGCGAGCGCCAACCCUACGACGUCGUGCGCCAGGCACUGAAGGAGGUCGAGCUCGACUCGUCGCGCCGGGUAGAGCUGGAGGACUACAUUGGGCUCAUCGCCAAGGUCCGCGAGCGCUCCUCCAGCGGGCAGCAUAGCACUAUUCCCGCGUCGUCGCCCGCCGCCGUCAUCUCACAACGGACAGGCGGCCACCAGUCCAAGGGCAGCAUCAGCGGCGGCAAGAUCUUCGUGCAGGGGUCGAACGCUAACAUCACGCACACCAUCAACGAAGAUGAGCGCACCGAAUUCACCCGUCACAUCAAUGCCGUGCUGGCCGGCGACCCGGACAUCGGCCACCGCCUGCCCUUCCCGACCGACACCUUCGAGAUGUUCGAUGAGUGCAAGGACGGUCUCGUGCUGGCCAAGCUGAUCAACGACAGCGUGCCCGACACCAUUGACGAGCGUGUGCUCAACAUCCCCGGCAAGAAGCACAAGACUCUCAACGCCUUCCAGAUGACGGAGAACAACAACAUCGUCAUCGAGUCGGCCAAGGGCAUCGGCUGCUCCGUCGUCAACAUCGGCGCCCAGGACAUCAUCGAGGUGCGCGAGCAUCUAAUUCUGGGCCUGAUCUGGCAGAUCAUCCGCCGUGGUCUGCUCGGCAAGAUCGACAUUAAGCUGCACCCCGAGCUGUACCGGCUGCUGGAGGAGGAUGAGACCCUCGAGCAGUUCCUGCGCCUGCCGCCUGAGCAGAUCCUGCUGCGCUGGUUCAACUACCACCUCAAGGCCGCCAACUGGCCGCGCCGCGUCACCAACUUCUCCAACGACGUCAAGGACGGCGAGAACUACACCGUGCUGCUGGCGCAGAUCGGCGCAGAGUACGGCUGCACCCGCGCGCCCCUGCAAACGCGCGACCUGCUCCAGCGCGCCGAGCAGGUUCUUCAUAACGCCGACAAGCUCGGCUGCCGCAAGUUCCUGACCCCAUCCUCCCUCGUCGCCGGCAACCCCAAGCUCAACCUGGCCUUCGUCGCCAACUUGUUCAACACGCAUCCCUGCCUGGAGCCCAUCACGGAAGAGGAGAAGCUGCAGGUCGAGGACUUCGACGCCGAGGGCGAGCGCGAAGCCCGCGUCUUCACCCUCUGGCUCAACUCCCUCGACGUGCAGCCCGCCGUGCAAUCCUUCUUCGACGACCUCCGCGACGGCACCAUCCUCCUGCAGGCCUACGACAAGGUUAUCCCGAACUCGGUCAACUGGCGUUAUGUCAAUAAGCCGCCUGCGCAUGGCGGGGAGAUGCUUCGGUUCAAGGCGGUCGAGAAUACCAACUAUGCGAUCGAGCUCGGCAAGCAAAACGGGUUCUCACUUGUGGGUAUUCAGGGGGCUGAUAUCACCGACGGUCAGCGCACGCUGACGCUGGGCCUGGUCUGGCAGCUCAUGCGGAAGGAUAUCACGCUGACCCUGAAGGGGCUGGCGCAGAGGUUGGGCAAGAGGGAGAUCACGGAUAAUGAGAUGGUGCGGUGGGCGAAUGAUAUGAGUCGCAAGGGCGGCCGCACCUCGAGUAUCCGGUCAUUCAAGGACCCGGCAAUUGGGACUGGUGUGUUCCUGCUGGAUGUGCUUAAUGGCAUGAAGAGCAGCUAUGUGGAUUAUGAUCUGGUCACGCCGGGUCUUACCGAGGAGGAUGCCUAUAAUAAUGCUAAGUUAGCGAUUAGCAUUGCGAGAAAGAUGGGUGCUACUAUCUGGCUCGUGCCGGAGGAUAUCUGCCAGGUGAGGAGCAGGCUUGUGACGACGUUUAUUGGCUCGUUGAUGGCUACGUAUGAAAGGAUGGGCGGCCAUUGA